GAAAUGAUUCCUAGUUAUGAGAUAGUUGCGCAUUCAGAAACAUGUGCUAUCACCACAGAGUAUGCUAUUAAGUUACAGGAAUGUGAUGGUAGGCUUCGCAGGUUAAUUGGAGAUGUCACAAAGAAAAAGGCAGAAAUCAUGGAGAGAAAUACACCUUAUCAAGACUAUUAUACUAUAAAAGAUUCGGAAGUGAUGGAAGAAAUUGGAUUAAAGGCUGUUGAAAUCAAAGAAUCAUUAAAUCAUCGAGAAGCUCUUAGAAAAAUAGAAAAGUAUGCAACAAAAUUGGGUCGUUUAGUCGAUGACAUGGAAAAGAAUACGAUCAGAGAUGAGGAUAUACUGACUUAUGGAAAAAGAUUGCUUCAUGUGGUUGAAGAAAAGCACGAGACACUACGUGCAUAUUUUCAGAGAUUGAAGUCAUCAUCAACUAAUACAAUCCCAAAUACCGGUUUAGCAGCUGCUACUGUUGCUGCAGCAGUGGCCACUAUUGCCUCAACAUCUGCAAUUGAAACUGCAGCAUUACAAAUACCUCAUAAAAUAGGCAGAAAACAGUCAAUAUCAAGUCGAGUAUUGUCAACUUCUGCAUCAAAUAAAGCAUCAACGAACUUUUUGUCAAAGUCAAGUUCUUAUCGUCAGAAGGAUACUGUACCUUCGCAUAAACGACAAGAUAGCACUGGAUCUGUAUCGAAUAGUAAGCCUCUUUCAGAAAUUGACUCAGAUAACGCUCCACCGCGAAGGAGAUUUAUUUCAUUAUUCACUGCUGUCUUACGUGGAGGUAAUAGUCGUUCUAGCAGUCUGUCGAGUAAGGAAACUGCCAAUUCUUCCAACACUACAGUUGCUAAUGGAGAUAAAGUGACUGCUAAGACCAAAGUUCCAAGCAUACAAGAUUUUGAAAUUAUUAAACCUAUUAGUCGAGGUGCCUUUGGCAAAGUUUAUCUUGCGAGGAAAAAGACAACCGGUGAUCUCUAUGCCAUAAAGAUCUUGAAGAAGGUAGAUAUGGUGCGCAAGAAUAUGGUAAAUCAUGUACUCGCGGAGCGAAGAGUUCUUAGUCUAUCAAGAACUCCAUUCGUGGUUAAAUUAUUUUAUGCGUUUCAAAGCCAGGAUUAUCUAUAUUUAGUAAUGGAGUAUUUAAUUGGGGGUGAUUUAUCAUCCCUUCUUCAAUGUUUUGAACGCUUUGAAGAGGAUAUGGCGCGUAUGUAUACAGCGGAAGUUGUAUUGUCGCUCGAAUAUCUUCACAGCAAUGGCAUAACUCAUAGGGACCUAAAACCUGAUAAUAUGCUUAUUACCUCCGAAGGGCAUAUAAAACUUACUGAUUUUGGUUUGUCCAGGAUUUCAAUUCCAGAGAAAAGUAGCUUGGCGUUUAUAAAAGAAGAACGAGAAACAAAUAAUGGAGCUGAUAAGAAACCUUAUCAAAGGACUUUAAGAACUGGUAGCAUUGAUUCACGUGCCAACGCUGGUCAUACUCGUCCGGUCUCUGCAAUUUUCUCUAAUGAAAACCCAAAACUUUCUGGUUAUAUCAAUAUUGGUUUUGAACCACAGUCAUCAUCAGUAAAGCAAUCAAAAAAAACAAAUCGUCAAAGUUCUAAAGCUCUAUUAGGUACACCAGAUUACCUUGCUCCAGAGUUACUUCUGGGUAUUGGACAUUCAACAGCAGUAGACUGGUGGUCUCUUGGUGUAUGUCUUUUCGAAUUUUUAGUUGGUUAUCCGCCUUUCAAUGAUGACACACCACAAGAAAUUUUCAGAAAUAUUUUGAACCAUGUUAUUCAAUGGCCACCGGAAGGAUUUUUAUCUUUAGAAGCUAAGGAUUUAAUUUCAAAGUUAUUAAAUCAAGAUCCUGAAAAACGACCUACAGUUGAAGAGAUCAAAACUCAUCCUUUUUUUAAUGGAAUUGACUGGGAACAUAUUCGCCAACAACCUGCUCCUUUCGUGCCUAACCCUGAAGAUGAACAGGAUACGAGUUAUUUUGAAGCUCGCAAUAGUCGUGCGGAUAUCCGCCGCCUUUCUUCUGGUAAUCUUGAAGAUAUCGCUUCUGGAAAAGUUGCUACCUAUGUAGAUCGUAGAUCAGCUGUUUUUGAUGAUAUUGACCUGGCUUCACAAGCACCUAGUGGCAAUGUUAUAUUACAAACCGUUACAGAUGAACCUGCUGAAAAUUGUAACUUUGAUUUAACAAACAAUUCUUACCGAGAUUCACGACAUUCUUCCUUAAGUUCAGCAUCUCUUAAACCACCGCAGGUUGAAGAAAUGCAGAUACCUGUGAAAAAACGUAGGCCGUCGCUCCUAAAGAUUACAGCUGGUAAAUCAAGAAAACUGUCCAUAAGCAGUAUUAAUGAUUAUGGUUCUCAGUCAUCUUCAGUAUCUGGUACUCCUACAACUUCGACAAUGACCCCAUUGUCAGCAUCAGCUUUAGUAUCUCCUUCUUUUAAUCAAUCAAGACGUUCAACACUUCUAGGAUCACCAACAACGUUAGGCGAUUUCGAACAAGCAAAUACCUGUGAUAUUGAACAACUGCACAUUGGAAACCAGCCAACAAUUCAGGCUGAGAAUGAUGAAUUUGAUGGAUUUCUUUAUAAGGGUGUUUCAGUUUUAGGCGAUGUUACUAGGGAUGUAUUGUCAUCCGGAAAACAGUAG